AUGACGAGCGCUUCGGAAAAGACGACGUCGCCGCCAGCAUCGCAUCCCUCGUCAAUCAAGUCGGUGGAGCUGCCCACUAGAUCACCCAAACUCAAGCCGCAGAAUGGCCAACCCGCCGCCAAUGGCGUCGUCAGCUCCGACGGCGUGCAGAAGCCGCAGCCCGAGAAGGCCUCGGUCAAGGACCGGUUGACGAGAAUGUUCUCCAACAAGGGCGAACAACUCAAACCCACUGGCGAUGCCUCAUCGCGCGUUAGCAACCCCGUUCCUCCCACCAGCGGUACGAGCUCGCCCGUUAAGGCUCCGCAACCGUUGCGUAAGGUGUCGACGAUAGUCACGACGGGCACGGCUGCCAAAGCCUCCGACGGUACCGCCGCUGGCGCCGUAAAAACAACACCGCAUUCGCAGCGCUAUGUCGUCAACCCAGAUGCGCAGGGCGGCCACGAGCAUCACCUGAAGGGCAGCAAGCGCCAGGAGAAAUUGUCCGACAUGUGGAAAACUUUCUUGGGCAGGAAACAGGAGCAGGUUCCCGAGGCCGACCUGUCGCUCGUGUCCAACUGGGUUGAUACUCUAAAGCAGGAGAAGGACUUGCUUGCCGGUGACAGAAGAGGUGGGCCCAACGCCUCUACCACUCUGGUUGAGAAAUAUGGCAAGUGCCAGGAAGUCGUCGGCCGUGGCGCUUUCGGCAUCGUGAGGAUAUCACACAAGAAGAUGGACACAGGAGAGAAAUUGUUUGCCGUCAAGGAGUUCCGCCGCAGACCCGAGGAAACAGAGAAGAAGUAUAGUAAACGACUGACUGCCGAGUUCUGUAUCUCCUCAUCCCUGCGCCACCCCAACGUCAUUCAUACGUUGGACCUGCUCAAGGAUCAGAAGGGCGACUACUGUGAAGUCAUGGAGUACUGCUCUGGCGGUGACCUCUACACUCUUGUUCUCGCCGCCGGCAAGCUUGAAGUCCAGGAGGCAGACUGUUAUUUCAAACAGAUGAUGCGCGGCGUGGAAUACAUGCACGAAAUGGGCGUUGCGCACCGCGACUUGAAACCCGAAAAUCUCUUGCUGACGACCCACGGCGCACUAAAAAUUACGGAUUUUGGUAACGGCGAGUGCUUCCGGAUGGCUUGGGAAAACGACGCCCACAUGGUCUCAGGUCUAUGCGGCUCGGCGCCUUAUAUUGCCCCUGAGGAAUACAUUGACAGGGAAUUCGAUGCGCGCGCGGUCGAUGUCUGGGCUUGUGGUGUCAUCUAUAUGGCCAUGCGGACUGGUAGACACUUAUGGCGAGUAGCAAAGAAGGAUGAAGAUGAGUUCUACGAACGGUAUCUCGAAGGUCGUCGUGAUGAAGAGGGGUAUGGGCCGAUAGAGUCGCUGCACCGCGCUCGUUGUCGCAAUGUCAUAUAUUCCAUCUUGGACCCCAAUCCUACACGACGUAUCACCGCCUCACAAAUCCUCAAAUCGGAAUGGGGCCGCGAGAUCAAGCUUUGCAAAGCUGGCGAAGAGGGGCUCUAA